AUGAAGCUUUUCUCUUGGGAAGCCUGGGGCAUUGACUCGGCCAUUGGGUUCGAUCCGAACAAAACCUUCGUCCGAUCACAGUUUGUCUCGCCUAUUGUCCUUGCCAGCAUCCGCGCAAUCUUGAGCCUGUACAGCUUCGUAGCCAUAAUCAUAUGCUACGCAUGGCUCGCUAAAAACACUGCGACAAUCAGUCUCAAGGAUGUAAACAUCGGAAGCUAUACCAUUCAGCAAUCCAACGCCGCGAUCGGCCAAUCCUUCAGCUUCUUCACAUACCUCACCUUCUGGUCUCUUGGGUUCUACUUCCUCGUCUCGAGUGUGCAUACUUUUGUGUUCGCGUUCCAACAGCAGACCUGGCUGCACAAGUGGCCGAAAGCCUUCCAGCUUGCACACAGCCUUUACUACUCGACAAUCACUUGUUUCCCGUUCCUCGUCACGAUCGUGUUCUGGGGUACGAUGAACUCUGGAUGGCCAGCGGGUCGCUUUGAGCAGUGGAUGAAUCUGUCCGUCCAUGGCCUGAACAGCGUCUUCGCCAUCACCGAAAUCGUCCUACCGGCAACUGCCACGCCACCAGUGUCUCAUCUUUCAGUUGUCCUUCUUGUUCUCAGUGUGUAUCUCGGUCUAUCGUAUCUCACGAGAUAUACGCAAGGCUUUUACGUAUACGAGUGGAUGAACCCUGCGCACGGUAACACUAGCAUCGUACUGCAUGUACUUGGGUAUGCAGCCGGCAUGACAGCCAUCUUCUUCAUCGUGCGCUUCGCGAUUAUGGGACGGAAUAUGGUAGCAGCUAGAUUAGAAGCGCGAAGGGAUCAAGGUCUGCGGGAAAAGACGAUGAGACUCGAUAGUGAAUCGGAUACUUGGUCUGCAAGUGUGCUGGAGAUUGAGAGGCCUGUACGGGCGAAAGGUAGCAGGGGGCAUGCUAGUCAAGUGUGA